GGCGAUACGUGAUAAGAGUAAUGGGGCAAGAGACAGUAGGAAAGGUGAGGGAGGCAGAGCGGCCGAGCAAACAUGACAGGAUAUUUGCCCCUGUGGGGAGCUGCUGCAGUGCUGGACCAGCUGAGCUCAGUAUACCUUGUUUUUAUUCCAAAUCACAGGAGAAGACAUAAUACCUUAUAUGAUAUGCAGUGUGGCUGUGACUGGGCUCAGGCCUUGUCUCUUCUCUUCUGUUUUUGAAACAUGGAAAGAGUUGUAACAAUGGAUGAUUAGAUGUGGAAAGACAGGACAAAGUAAACAAUGUAAUAUAAUCACACUAGGCCAGUGUUUGUGUGUGGUGUUUGUUCCUAAUGUGUUUUGUUGCUGCUCUCGAUUGCUGCUGGGACACAGGGAUUUCCCCAUUGCGGGAUCAAUAAAGUCCUACCUACCUACCUACCUACUUACCUACCUAGGUCAGUGUUUGUGCUGCUGUCGGUGUGAUGUGAGUCUUUGUCCACCAGAGGGCAGAGUUCAUCUUCAGUCACUGUGUUGCUAGUAGCACUGAUUUCUUACUUCUUCUUUUAAAUUUGUAUUCUAUUGUUUUUAUACUGUAUAUUAUUUAUUUGAAACGGUUGAGAACUGGCUUCACAGAGACACGAGUUCUCUGUCUUAUAUUAAUUUUAUUUUCUGUCGCACCCUGUUACUAUUCCACAUAAAGUUGCAUUUGAAAGUAACGUCCACACCUGUAUAUCCCCAGUGUUUGGUCUGUAAAUGAAUGAACGUAAUGGUCUAAACGUGAAGCCGGUUAUUAAAGACAGGAGAGUGUACACAGACGUUAGGCUGAGGGUCUCCAUCUGCAGCCUCAGUCACUGACGGCAGAGGACAACCCGGAUAAUCUGAGCGCGUCUCCUGCAGGAAUACCUCACUGCUGGCUUUUAUUCCUUUUUGUGUGCGCGCUGGAAACACAGGCAGAGAGUUGGGAGCUACUGCAGGUGAUGGUGAGGCUGAGAGGUUGAGACGGAUAUGGCACCGAAGGAGUGACUAAGGACAUCCAUGGAGAGCCUAAACCAGCAGGACCAGCAUCAGGUGGUCACGGCGGGAGCGGACGGCGGCCCUGGUGGAGAUGUCAGCCUCCGCGCGCUGACCGGCUGCGUCCUGUGCGUCCUGAUCAUCUCCACCCUGCUAGGUAACACUCUGGUGUGCGCUGCAGUCAUCAAAUUCCGUCACCUGCGCUCCAAAGUCACCAACUCCUUCGUCAUCUCGCUGGCGGUGUCCGACCUGUUCGUGGCCAUGCUGGUGAUGCCCUGGAGGGCCGUGUCAGAGGUCGCGGGAAUCUGGCUCUUCGGCCGCUUCUGCGACACCUGGGUGGCCUUCGACAUUAUGUGCUCCACCGCGUCCAUCCUCAACCUGUGCAUCAUCAGCAUGGACCGCUACUGGGCUAUCUCCAGCCCGUUCAAGUACGAGCGCAAAAUGACGCGCAGGUUCGCCUUCCUGAUGAUCGGUGUCGCCUGGACUCUCUCCAUCCUCAUCUCCUUCAUCCCUGUGCAGCUCAACUGGCACCGCGCGAACGCGGAAAACUCAACAGUGGACAACCCGGACGACUGCAACGCCAGCCUGAACCGGACUUAUGCCAUCUCUUCGUCCCUCAUAAGCUUCUACAUCCCCGUGGUGAUCAUGGUGGGGACUUACACGCGCAUUUUCCGCAUCGCGCAAACCCAAAUCAGACGGAUCUCGUCUUUGGAGAGGGCUGCGGGCCCCCGUGCACAAAACCACCGCGCGUCAGCGCACGACGAAAACUCGCUGAAAACAUCUUUUAAGAGAGAAACAAAGGUUCUAAAGACUCUGUCCAUCAUCAUGGGAGUGUUUGUGUUCUGCUGGCUGCCGUUUUUCGUUCUAAACUGCGUGGUGCCUUUCUGCGACCUGGACAAAGUUGGAGAGCCGCCGUGCGUCAGCGACACCACCUUCAGCAUCUUUGUAUGGUUCGGCUGGGCCAACUCGUCUCUGAACCCGGUCAUUUACGCCUUCAACGCAGACUUCAGGAAGGCCUUCUCCACCAUCCUGGGCUGUAACAAGUACUGCUCUACCUCCACGGUGGAGACGGUGGACUUCAGCAACGAGCUGGUGUCUUAUCACCACGACACCACCAUGCAGAAGGAAACCUGCGCCAUGCCGGGCCCCGGGGCGCAGAGACUCACCACCUGCAUGUCCCCUGCCUCUCACACAGGAGGAGGUGAGGAGCAGAAUUUUGACAAGGUUUCUGUCAUUUCAGAUGAAUCCCAGAACCACAGUAACUCACUGCUACCGACCAUCCUGCAGUAUGAGUGCGAGGCGGAGAUUUCUUUAGACAUGAUGCCCUUCAACUCGUCCGGACCCACUGACAGUUACAUUAUUCCUGGUCAAAUCCAGGACCCGUGAGCACCCUGGGCCCCUGAAAGAAUAAAUACCCAUAGUUUCACUCAGGCUGCAGCGCUCGAGCCCCUUAUUCUUCCACACCAAGCACCAGGGAGUAGUGGUGCCCUUUGAGCUCCUGCCGAUGAUAUCAUUACUGUACCGAUGCCACAGUGAACCAUCCUAUUUGGACUGUAACCCCUCAUGGUAAAACAGUGGACUAAGUGCAGACAGGAGCAUUUCAACCAAAUACUCUGAUUGUUCCUGAAGGACUUUAGGAGAGCUAAUGAAUUAAAAAGCUAUUUUACAACAAAUAAGCACAACUUUCAGAAGACACAAAAACUGGACAUGAUUUCAGGUCACAGGAAGGUUUGUACCGUCUGCAUUCCCUCUCCUCGUCUUCUGACUGUUGGACUUUAUGCUGGGGUCUCUCCUGGAGUCUACAGCCUUUUGCUUGAGAGUGGACUGUCAACACUGACCUGUAGUUGGUCUACAGACAAUACAGUCCCUUUCUCAGAGAAGUUGAUGGUUUUGUUUUCUUGUUGUGAUUCUUAUUAUUCUUAUUGUGUCAGCUCAGUAAAGUACUAAUACUGCUCUUAGUGCUAGUAUGUUUUACCCUUCAACACAUCUGUCUGAUGAAGUCCAGGCUCAGAAUGUUUAAUCUGCAGGAAGGUCUGAACUAAAGGCCAGAUCUGUUUCAAUCAACUCUUUUAUUCCUUUCAAAACCAAAAUGAGUGUCAAACACCCGCAGCAGCUUUUCUG